GUCAGCUGGUUUGCGUCACGUGAGCAGAACUUUGCGGAAAACGGAAAAAUGUCAGUCUCGGGGAGUUCGAGUAAAGUGCGAAUAAUGGCGAUGUUUGUGCUUUUAUUCGCCCUGUUUUCAUCACAGAGCUCCGCUGCUCAAGUGCCACUUCUAAUGUGGUCCAGUGAAGGCCUGCCACCCCUGGCCUCACCGGCCGCUGGUCACAUCACAUCCAACGACCAGCUGACUGCCUACCUCACCUCUGCCUUUGGCUCCGGCCCCAACACUGUGCUGCUAUUCCUGCAGGACAAGUUAAGCAAAGAAGACUUCACGCUGUUUGGAGGAGUGUUUGGAAACAAGCAGGACAGUGCCUUCCAAAACCUUGAGGUAGGUUUUCAUAACUUCAUACAUGACUAUCAAAUCAAAUCAAUAUCCCUACAGGUGAUUCCAGAGAGGUCCAUGUCUCAGCAGGCUGUGGGCCGGUCCCUGCUGCAGUCCGUGGAGGCCACAGUCAAAGAGCCCAUCAUGUUUAAUGUGUCCGGGAACCCCUGCAUCAUGCUCUGGGCUCAGAAUCUCAACAUCAGCCUCACAGACAAAUGGAUCGACCUCGCUGCAGAGACGCCAUCGCUGGACGGAUCCAUUUGCAACGGCAGCAACUCACUGCUUGUCCUGACCUAUGCAUCAGGCCACAUACUACGUUUUGCCAUGAGUCAACGGCUCUACAAGGUGUCCGCACGACACUGGUUCACGUUGGACUCUGUAGAGCUGCAGUCGAAAGAUCUCACUGCGUCUUACGUCGGGAGACGCAACAUCUACGCGCCUGCAGAGUACUCCUUCCACUGCCAGUCCGUCACCAGCUUCAGAGACACCCUGCUGGUGCCGAGCAGCAACAACAACAAGAACACCACAAACUGGAGGCUCAACUUUGUCGACUUCCAGAUUCAGGGUUUCGGUUUGGCCAACGGAACAAACUUCUCCUACGCCAGCGACUGUGCCGGCUUCUUCACCGCGGGGAUCUGGAUGGGCCUGAUCACCUCACUGCUCAUGCUGUGGAUUUUUGUGUACGGCAUGCACAUGAUCAUGCAGCUCAACACAAUGGAUCGGUUCGACGACCCCAAAGGUCCUUCGAUUUCAGUGCCUCAGACAGAGUGAAUCAUUCCUCAAACACUGUCCUUCAGUGCCUCCUAGGAGACUCCCUCCUUGUCAUGUUGCUGUGUUUUGGCCUUUUUCUUUGGAUAUGUGUUCAAAUCUUUACUCUGAAUUUCUCUUCUGUCAUUUUCUAUCCUGAAUCCUUCCACAGCUGUCUUUUUGAUACGGUUAUCUUGCAAAGCACAUUUUUAUUUCACCUCCACCAGUGCCAAAGAGGAUGCUCCUUUUUUCCUAGUUGAUGAGAAGUGCAUGUGCUAAAAUAUGUUUUUGUGCCACUGUUGGUCAGAAUUAUUUUCCUUAAAAUGAUAAGCAAUAAUUUCUCAACACCAGAGAAUGUAUUCUGUGCCAACAUGAAUGUGAUGCUUGAUGCUGUAGGACCGUAUCAGACCUCUUGACUUCUUUUUUUUUUCAACCUAACUGUCAUUUCAAGAUUACUGGUUAUGAAAAAGAAGUGCCUGUAUAUAAAGAGUACAUUUAUGUUUGUGACUUUUAGAAUUGCCUUGGAAAGGUAUGUUAAUAAUUAACCUUGGAUGUAGUUCUGUUCUUGCUACUAGCAGACAGAUCCAACUCAAGUGCCACAAAGCAAUUCAAACAUUUCUUCUUGAGUAAUUUAUUUAUGUAAAAAACAAGUUUAAUGCUUAUCUUUAAAGUUUACUCCAUUGCUUCAGGUUCAUCAAAGAAUAAUAGUGCCUCACUUCUGCUUGUGUCAAACCUUUGAAUGUGCAAUUGCCUUGACUUGUAAAUUGUCCCUAAUUGAAAAUAAAGAUAUCUGUAAAUCUUGGUGUAAA